AGGCUGUGCUCCAAUACACCAAUCAGUGAGCUUGUCAACAAAAAUGUCCUUGACACUAUUCUUCACAUGCUUUUAAAAUAGUCUUCAGAAGUUGACAGUCUGAAUCAGCAUGUCGGGUGAAAAACAAGUUAAACAUGUAGCUGUUGUUGGUGGGGGUUUGGUAGGAUCCCUGAAUGCUUGCUUUUUUGCCAAGAGAAAAUAUAAAGUGGAUUUAUAUGAAAUGAGAGAUGAUAUACGUACUAUGGAGAUUGUGAAAGGAAGAAGUAUCAAUCUGGCUUUGUCCUGUAGAGGAAGAGAAGCUUUAAAGCAUGUUGGACUUGAAGAUGAGGUUCUAAAGACAGCUAUUCCAAUGCGUGCCAGAAUGAUCCAUGAUUUAGAUGGUACUUGCCAUCCAAUACCAUACGGAAAGAGUGAUCAGUUCAUCAAUUCUGUGGACAGAAGGUUAUUGAAUGAAGUCCUACUGACAGCUGCAGAGAGGAACCCUCAAGUUACCUGUCACUUCAACCACAAGCUCUUGAAGUGUGAUUUUAACACAGGGGAAUUGACCUUUUUGACGAAGGAAGGCAAAGAAGUUAAAAAUAAAGUAGAUCUUAUUGUUGGAAAUGACGGAGCUUUCUCUGCCAUUAGACGUCAGAUGAUGAAAGAUACCUUAUUAGACUAUAACCAGGAAUAUAUUCCUCACGGCUAUAUGGAGUUAACAAUUCCUGCCACACCAUCAAAUGAUUUUGCCAUGGGAGUGAACUACCUACAUAUUUGGCCAAGGAAUGAAUUCAUGAUGAUAGCUUUGCCAAACCUGGACAAAUCAUAUACCUUAACAUUAUUUAUGCCAUUUGAAAACUUUAAUCAAAUAAAGACUGAAGAUGAUGUCAUGGAUUUUUUCAAUAGGAUGUUUCCAGACUCUAUACCUCUAAUAGGAGAGAAAUUCCUGAAGGAAAUCUACCAAUCUAGCAAAGCUCUUCCAAUGGUUUCUAUAAAGUGUAGUCCAUACCAUGUCAAAGACAAAGUUGUGAUAAUGGGGGAUGCAGCACAUGCUAUGGUACCAUUCUAUGGACAAGGAAUGAAUUGUGGUUUUGAAGAUUGUAUUGUGUUGAAUGACAUGCUAGAUAAACAUAGUGACAACUUAGAACUCGCCUUGAAAGCGUACACAGAACACAGAAAUCCAGAUGCUAAAGCUAUAGUAGAUCUAGCCAUGUACAAUUAUGUAGAGAUGAGAAAAUCUGUUAAUUCCAAGAUGUUCCUGUUGCGUAAGAAGAUUGACAAUAUGUUACAUUGGAUAUUCCCUAACUCUUGGGUUCCAUUAUAUACUAUGGUUUCAUUCUCCAGAGAAAGAUAUCACUUAUGUAUAGCCAAGAGAAAGCAGCAGGAUAAGGUACUCAGUUCUUUUAUACAAGUUGGUGUUGUGAGUUUAAUGGUUGGUGGUUUCCUGUUAGUUAGACGUGUGAACCAGACAACCGAUAUUGUGACCACUCUACAAGGAAGGAUACAGUCAUUGCUGGACGGACUUCACCUUUGAUCUUAUAACUCUUGCCUAGUUGUCAUGGUGAUUGUACAUUUUGAUAAAAAACAAAAAUCAAAUACUAUUUGAUGAUAGAAUUUAUGGAAAUCAAAAAUAUGUUAAUUUGGUCCGAGUACACAGUUAUUUCGUAGUGCAUUGCUUUUAGACAAUAAAUGAAAAUUAAAAAAAUCCCAUCUGCGCUUUCUCAAUAAUAUUUUUACACUGUGUUGUACUACUUUUGGGACAGAUUAUAUCAAAAUUAUAGAAAACUUCAUUAUGGACAAUUUUAUGUUAAGGGGGUCUUGAAAUCUUUUGACAGCUUCAGAAGUGCUAAUUUUUUACCUUUUUCAGCUGGACCUUAUCACUUUUUUCAAUGUCAUUUCACCCCCCAACUUGCUAUAUGAGGCAUUAAACAUGGAGAAAUAAAUUUGGAAGGGGUAUAACAAAAAUUGACAAGUAACACACUGUCCACACUAAGGACUAUAUUCAUGGACAACGAAAAUCAAAGGACGAUAACUGUGUACUCGGACCAUUUGUUUUAUAAACUAUUUUCAUCCACCAAUGUUCACAUAUAAUGUUUUUUUUUUAAUGAUUAGAUAUAAAAUGAUUUACCUGGACAUAAACUUUUGUAAAGUUUUAUUUUCAUCAUUAGGGACUAUGUUUAUACAUGUACUACCUGUAGCUAAGGUGUCCCUGAGGAGAGGGUAGUAGGGUUGUGGUUAUUCGUGGCUAAUGGUGCUCUGAUGGUAAUAGACAAAUUUCAAUGUGAAUCUCGUCUUUAGAUUGUUACACUUCAAAGUGAAUCUCAAUAUGAUAGUCUCUAAUAACAUUAUUUAAUUUUCAAGGGGGAAGGGGGUGGGGCUUGUCUGAUCCCCACCACCACCUUUGGCUACAUAUGUAUCAGAUUAGUGCUGCAAACACAAGUUUUUCUUCUCAAAAUUACCUACGGAUAUAGCUAUUAGUCAUGAAGCAACUAUCAUGAAAAAUAUCAUUAAUAUGGGAUUCUUCAAAAUGGCUAGGCAAGUAAGAAAUCAAUAGACUAAGCAAAUGUAGGAAGAGUUUGAAAUUGUGAUGCAUUUUUUUGUUUUUAAGAAACAUGUGCAGUCGGUCACCUUAUUUUCUGUAAUACUGACUUUGUCGGAAUAUUGUUAGGAUGGACAUGUAUCUUGAUUUUUGUAUGUAUUGUAAUAAUUUUUCCACAAACAUUCCAUUAUUUUACAUAUGCUAAUGAAUUCUUUGACAGAAAAUUCCAUUGUACAAAAUGUAUUACCCUGUUCAAUA